UCUAUUGCUUUUCGGGGGAAUUUCUCCUUUACCCAUCUCAAAGGCAAAAAGACCCCAAAAUAAAAACACGAUUUUCUUCUUUUUUUUUUAUUUUUUUUCCCCCGUAGAAAAAACUGAACAAAGAAUUUACAUUUUGCACGUUCCUUCGUCAUUUUUUUCCUUCUAUUUUCUUUCUCCUCUCAGAAACUUUCUCGAGAAAAUUUUAGCCAAACACAUGGACUCUUGGCCUGUUAACUGGGAAGCACUCGACGCUCUCAUCAUCGAUUUCGCCAAAUCAGAGAACUUGAUCGAGGACUCUUCGCCACCUUCUUCUCCUUCUCUUACCUCUUCUUAUCAUUCGAGGUUAAUCAUUCGUCAGAUCAGAUGGUCAUUAGAGGUCGGUAACAUUGAUGCUGCCAUUGAUAUCCUCCGAGUUCACGCUCCUUUUGUCCUGGAAGAUCACCGCCUUCUCUUUCGAUUGCAGAAACUGAAAUUUAUUGAGUUGUUGAGGAAAGGAACGAGGGACGAUCGUAUCUUCGCGAUUGAUUACUUAAGGAAGUCUCUUGCUCCUUGUGCUCUUAAUGCCUAUCCGGAAGCGUAUGAGGAAUUCAAGCAUGUUCUUCUUGCCUUUAUUUAUGACAAAGAUGAUCAAACUUCCCCUGUAGCAAAUGAGUGGGCUGAGAAGAGGAGGUAUGAGAUUGCUGGAUUAGUGUCUUCUGUUUUAAGAGCUCAUUUCCAUGCAUACAAUCCCAUCUUUUCAAUGGCAUUGAGAUAUCUGAUGAGCAUACAUAAAGGAUUUUGCUUGAGACAAGGACUUGUAUCACCCAUUUCAAAUCUUACUGAGAGAUUGUUGCUGGAGGAACGUGACUUCCCUGCAUUACCUCCAGAGAGUUUGUAUGAGGCACAAGUGUUUGAUGAGGUGGAUAUACAAGCCCUUGCACAUGCUGUAGAGCUUACAAGACAAGGAGCUAUUGAUAGCUUGAGAUUUGCUAAGGGUGAUCUGUUUCAGGCAUUUCAGAAUGAAAUAUGUCGAAUGAGAUUGGACGAUGCCAUGCUUGAUGAACUUGUUCGUGAGUAUUGUGUUUACAGGGGAAUUGUGGAGCCUGGAAUGCAAACCUCAUCUGAACCUUUGAAAGUUAAUCCACCAGAGUCUGGGUGUUGUUCAUCACCAGACUCUUCCAUUGAUGUGGAUCAUAGCACUGCUAAGCAUUCAAAUAGUGAAACUUCUGCUCUCACUGAUCUGAGUAGCAUGCAAGGAAUUGAUGUUGAAUUACGCUUUGCUUCUGAGCCCACCAACAAUCUCGAAGAUUGUAGUCCCAGCGGGUCACAUCAGUCUGAAAUUUCAAGUCUCUUGAGAAACAGAAGCAAGGGGACUGGUGAAAGAAGUAAGCGUAAGCGAUGGAGGGGAAGACAUGAUGAUCUAGAUUUUAUUUCUGGUGUUCAUUUUAAUCGAGACGGAAAACAAGAGGUUAGCGCUACUAUAUCAAAGGGAGUGGAAUGUACCAGUGCGGAAGAUAAAUAUGAAAUUGUUCUGCAGAUGAAGGAACUAGCUAGCAGAGGAAUGGCUGCUGAGGUUGUGGAGGAAAUUAGUACAUUGGAUCCUGACUUCUUUGUGCAAAAUCCUGUUUUGCUGUUCCAACUCAAACAGGUUGAAUUUCUGAAACUGGUUGGAUUGGGUGAUCAUUCUGGUGCUCUAAGGGUAGCAUGCUCCCAUUUAGGCCCCUUAGCCGCUCGUGACCCCAAUUUACUGAAGCCUUUGAAGGAGACUUUAUUAUCACUACUUCGUCCAAAUGAAGAAGCACUUGUGACAGGCUUGCCUUUACAUGCUCUUGCAACUUCACUUCAGGUUGCUUUCGGGAAGAGGCUCGGUAUUGAGGAGCCUCAGCUGAUGAGGAUAAUGAGAGCAACGCUUCACACACACUCUGAAUGGUUCAAACUUCAGAUGUGUAAAGACCGGUUUGAAAGCCUUCUGAGAAUCGAUUCUUUGAAGGAAAAUAAUACUCCCGUGUUAACUUCCUUGGCCACAUCAAAGUCAAAUAUCGAUAGUUGCACCCUCGGAUCUUCACAAGCUACUAUCUCUUCAACUACUGGUGUAUCAGAUGACAGCAGCAGUCCAAAUCAAGCAUCAUCACAAGAUGCUAUUUGUGACGAGAAUGCAAUACUUAAAGUAAUGGAAUUUCUGGCAUUGCCAAGGGCUGAUGCAAUCCAUCUUCUUGCACAAUACAACGGAAAUGCUGAGACAGUAAUACAGCAAAUAGUUGCAUAGAUAUUUUUGCAUGUAAUUUAAAACAGAGUAAUGGUAAGAUAUCUGAUUAUUUUUUGAGAAAUAAUUUUGGUUUAUUUAAUUGAUAUAUCGGUUGUAUAUAAAUAAUACAAAUUAAAAGCUGAUCAAGUGCAUUUAGUUUGCGGGGAAAAAAAGGGUUCAUCUUGUGAUUGGAUUCGGAAAAGUAAUUUUAGAUCUUUUUGGAAUAAAUUUGUGAUCAUUAAACAA